AUGUAUCCAAACAUUGACGGGGUCACUGAGCGGAUACGCAAAAACUUGGAGGACCUCGAGCAGCGCUCCGAGGAGUUCAAGAACAACUCAGUAGGCUUCGACGCGUCUGAGUACUGGCAAGAGGUCUUCGAGGACAUUUUCACGAAGAAGGGAAUUGGCUUCGCCGGCGCUUCGACCGUACGGUACCGUCUCAUGCCGCCAGCGAGCGACGACGGCAUUUCGGACAGCCCGGACGGAAUGAGUGGAAGCGAGGACACCCAGCCAUGCGAGGAAUCCCUGUACACUCGCAAGAACCGAGGACAGCUCGUCCGGGCUGAAGUCAGAGAAGCUAUCCUUGCGCACAUAAAGGAUCUUCAUGACGAGAGGAUCACUCUUCACCUAUCCGACUUAGUGAACAACACUGAAGACUCCACCGCUGUUCCGGCCGACGAAGUCCGACUCGCAGUCGCCAUCAUCGACGCAAGCGAGAGCAAGUUGAGAUGCUUGGUUCUCGCAGACCAAGCGAAGCGCAACUUCGCCAAACUCUUGCUCGUCGUCCAAGCAUGUUCGGAGGAAGCCGACAGUCCCAUCAUCAUUGUAACGAGACGACAAAAGGCCCAACGAUGCAUGGAAGCAGUAAAGACAUAUUUCCCAAACGAACCAGCCAUCCUCUUCAAGUGGAUCAACCAAAGGCACAUCACUGCGGAGGAAGUGUCGCAACACCGUAUAGUCGUCACUUCUUACCUCCAAGUCGCGUGGGAGGCCUGGUACAUGGACAUAUACCUCGGAGACGUGGCCAACUACCAGUCAGGAAAGUCCAGCAAGGUGCCUGUCCUCCCGACGUCUCCCCUUUUGUCCGGGCUGUUUGAGCUUCCAGGCACCAAGCACGCAGGCAAGUAUCUGAUCUUCGACAAAGCAGAGGACAUCGACAAGCUCUCCGGGUGGGAGUUUGAGGCUAUCGAGAGGUUGCGGGCGCGGUGCGAUACUUGUGUGAUGGUUACGGAGCAGCCACUCGGGGAGGGUUGGAAGGACAGGUAUGCUCUGCUCGUUCGUCGACCGGAGCCUAGGGAGUACUUGGUGGCAAGAUUACGGAUGGCGACCACGAAAGCCACCAGAGUGAAGGCGGGCCAUUAG